UCGUCGGAAUGUACUCCGAUUGCUUAUUCGAGGCGUGGAUGCCGCGGCUAUACUUACUCCGAUUAUGCAAAUAUUCGGCUGUAAUAACGUUAACAAUGCCAGCAACUUUAUGCGCGCGUGUAUCCUGACAACGGUCUUCGUGCACUUCAGUUUCACUCACGUGCAGACAGACUUGUAAGAUUCGUUCUUAAGAAAUCGGUUGUACAAAACUAUGAAAUACCAAAAGUAAAACGCGUAGGUUUAAAAAUGAUUGCACACUACAACAUUCGAACGAUGAAAAAUGUAUCCCGAAAUAAAUGUUUUUACUACGUAUUUUAAUUUGCGUAAAAAUAAGUUUAAUAAUCGGCUACUAGAAUACGAUCACGAUUACUAUCGACGUUAUUCGAUGGAUCGACUCAGGAGUCGAAUCACGAGCAGUUUGUUCCGUCUUCCUUCUUCUCUUACAUAUUUUGUUAAUGACUCAUUUUUCUUCGCUGCCUAGCCGCACUGUUCCGUACGCGCAAUUAGUUCUAACUAUACGCUGCUCGAAGAUUGUCACCGCAUAUUUUAAUGGAUACGCAACAGUCAAAUCCAUUCAGGAAUUUUUCACAUUUAUUUGAAGUCGACGCGUGCGAUCCCAUCAGAAGGGGAAAAAGGCUUAUACAUAUAGCAUGAUUCAAAUGUACCUUGUUAAGUUUUUCAUUAACGAUAUUGCUCGAGGAUGAAAUAAUAUGUAACUAUUUAUGUUAAACCACUAUUAUUACUUGACGGAGUAUUUCUUCUUCCGGAUGUGUUUUUAUUUCGUUUUGAACUCUAUUGUAGACUUACGUAUUGGACAUUGGAAAAGAAAAUUUAUAUUGUACGGUGUUAUCAGUAUUCUGCGGACUUUUAUGCAGAAUUGUAUUUGAAAAAAUGUAAUCGAUUUGUAGAUUUUUUACUCGUAUAACUUCACAACGUUAGAUUCAGAUUAAUUUUAUAGAUUCUGGAGUUAAUACGCGAUAGAUACAUUUUCUUACAUGCAAAUUUUCUAUAAUUGAAUAAAAAACCGAAGAAAUAAAGUUGUCGAUUUUAGCACUCCUCGAACAGUUUCUAUUGAUUUUUCUAACAGAAAUCGUGUUCUAUCUACUGUUACUAUUGCGACGUCCCUGUUCGUUAACACGUGGCACUGUCAGCUAGUUUGUGUUGACCGGGAGUCGUCAUGACUACUGAAACGAUCGCCACGCGACCGAGACCGCUACACACCGUUCACAGUAGGAAACUUGUACGUAAUGGAACGUUGACGAUUACUUAUUUUCGACUUGAUACUACGUUGUAUCACCCGAUGAAAAAUGGUGGUGAUCGACAAACGUAGAUCUCUGAUAGUGUCCACCGCGGGACACUUUUUCGGCGUGCCGCUCGAAAACGACUAUGGGUCGUCCGUCAACGAAGAAACGGUGUUGGCCAAUUUCUUGGACAGAGCAACGUGCAGAAUUCUCUGCGCGCAACCGGCUGAAGUCGACGACGAGGAAGCGCGAUUGAGAUUGAGCAACGAGUUAUCUGAUGAUAGAAACACUCUGGUCUUCUUUAAGUUAACGGAGGCAGCCGUGACGGAAAAGAAUUUUCACGAUCUCGUUCAAAUCACGACGACUGGAAGUGGGAAGGGUUCGACGUUGGUAGAGGCUCUCCGGCAAGUAUGGGAGCCGACGCUACGAUCGUCCGGCCUCGAUUCUUCGUACUUGAAGAAACUCGAGGAGCAUCUUCUUGGCUCGUCAGCCGCGACUUCCGUUCUCGAGGAGGAGGAACACUGGACGAAGAAGCGCGAGGACGCCAAAAGAUCGCACGAGAGAACGGUCCUAGCGGAAGCUUUGAAAAUCCUGAGGAGCAUCAGGGCUGAAUUAGAGAGCGCAGCUGCCGCGAGAGACGGCUUAAUCGCCGUCGAAGAUGCCGUGGAAGCAGCGUCGGGAUACGUCGACGAUCUGUGGAAGCUAGGAGAUCAGGUGUACUCCGAGGAACGGAUGAAGUCUUUUUUGGAUAUCGUUGGAAACGAAGUGGUGUCGCUCGUACAAAAUGCGAUCGACGAGCAGAUACGAAGUCCCGACGACCGGGUAAAAAUCGAAGCGAUCACGAACGGAGCGAACAUCUGCGAUAAGUGGACGAACAUGACGGAAAGAUUCACGACGCUGUUCUGGCCUCAUCACUCGGUCCAUCCGUGGAAAGGAGCCGGUCACACGCCGGCGAGGUGCUCGCAAAUCGGUAAACGACUCAGGGAGAUCGGCGAGCUACGCGCGCAAUAUCGCCAAUUAACAAAACUACUGACUAUCAAUGAAAGAUCUGGUCUCGGCACAGAUUCCUUGAUGCGAUCCUUCGACGAUGUCAAAGUCGCGUUCGACGACGGCGAGAAGGAUUGGAAUCGGCUGAAGAGAAGGGUCGAGGAGGCUCUGGUACCAGCUGAAGAACGAGUCGCGCAGCAAUUAAAAUCUCGAAUCGCCGACGCUUCGAGUCCUAAUUCUCUUCUCGCCGAAUUUCGACGAUAUUCGGAAUUGAUGAAGAGGGACGGUUUGAAGCGAAGUUUGCGCGGGGAACGAGAGACUUUGCUCGCGGCUUACGGAGAUCUUAUAGAAAGUUGCUUGGCUGGGCCGGAUACGGGAGAUUUGUUGGACAUUCCGAGGAUCCUUCAAGAAGUUCAAGCUGCCAGGUCGGCCGAAUUAAAAUUGGAGAAUCUGAAUAAGUUAGGGAAGGAGUUACUUUCCGAUCUUCCUGGAUACGAGGAGAUCUCGUCGCGAGUAAUCGCGGCAUCGAAGGAAGUCGAAAGGAAGAGGCAAACUUUCGUCGACACUUGGAUAGAAGAGACCGAGACUGCCAUCGCUAAGAAAGAACUGACGCUUGGCACAGACUCGGCUGUUGUGGAGCUGACCGGGACCAGCAUGAUGAGAGUCACCUACGAUCCGAAGUUGACGACUCUGAUUCGAGAAGCUAGGGCGCUCUCCAGCCAAGGCGUCGAGCUUCCUCGAGAGGCGAGGGACUUGGUCGAAAGGGCAGAAUCACUCGCAGGUCGCGCUAGGGCUCUGCAACAGAUAGCCACCUUCCACAACACGAUUGGCGAUCGUAUGGUACCGUCUCAGAGACCGUUAAUGCUGACCACUGCCCUCGAACUGGCCCGAGCCGUUCAGGAACAAUCCGGCGUGGUCUGGACCGAUCCCCAAGCCAUAGAUGCUUAUACCGCCAGACUAAAAGAAUUGGUGAGGAAGUUUGCGCGACAGAACUCGGAAUUAGCUACAAAGCACAAUUCCUUACGGGAAUUGGUGUCCAAUUUGCUGAAAGGCGAAACCGUCAAUCUGAUCGGUAAUCAGAACGCUUGGAAAGACGCGUUGACAAACAUGAGGACGAUCGUCGACACCGUCGAGGCUGAAUACGGUAACACAAAAGCGUGGAAGCUGCAUUGGGACAGACAGCUUCUCAAAGCGCUGGGCGUAGCGUACAGGGGCGCGUUGCCGUCUCUGUUGAAGAAGUUGCCGGAGGUUAAAGUAGAGCUGACGUUUAGGGACGGCUCGUUGCAAUGGCGACCGUCCCUCGAGGAGAUCCGCGCGAAGCUCUACUCGUCGGUCCGCCGUUCGCUCUCGAUCCCCAUGAAUUUCCGAGGCGUCGGGGACGCCGCCGAGGCUCGCUUCGGCGGCCUGAUUCAAAGGAGCUGCUACCUGUUCGGCGGUGUCUAUAAACAGGCAGAAAUCGCGCUCUCCGCUCUGGAGACGCUUCGCUCCAAAUGGCUUUACCUGGUCGCGCCGGCCAAAGUCGACGCUGCCGAACGGUUGAAAGGGAAAUCGCCGCAAGAAUGGACGAGGGCGUUUAAAGAUGCGAAGCAGUGGGCCCAGGAGGUUGGCAGACUACGUGGAAACGAAGUGAAGAUUUGGUGCAUCAGCGUUGACACCGCUACGACCAGAAACGACCUGGAAUCGGCUUCUCGUCGUUAUUGGGAACGUUUGUGUUCAGAUCUGCGGGCAGAGGCUUCCUCCAGGUUGGUCGCCGUCGUCGAGUUCCUGUCCUCGGCGUCGAGGGAGCUCGAACGCAGACCUCGAAACGUCGAGGAAGUCGGAUUGGCUUACGAGGCUCACGCUCGCAUCCAAAAACAAUCUGCCGGCAUGGCCGAAGAGAUGGAAGCUGUUACAGGCUUGUCCAAAGUGCUCGCUGCUUGGACCAGCGAGAAGCUCGAAGGCGUGAGCGCAGCGCACACGGGCUGGCAGGAUCUGGCGGACCGGCUGGAGCGUCACAAGAGCGUGGUGGACCGCGAAUUGGAGGACGCUAGAGUGAAUAUUCGUCACAGAGCUGUGGCGUUGCGAGACGAGAUCGAGAGAUGGGAGGCGAAGUGGUCCUCGAAGCCCGAGAUCCUCGCGUUGGACUGGAUCAUCUCGACGAAGGAGAGGUGGACGUAUCUGAAGCAACAGCUGGACGUUCUCAGGAGCGACUGUCGAAAGAUCGACGCGAACGUCGACGACGUGCUCGUGGACAACGACGAGAAAAUGAAGAUCCUCGAAUCACAGUUGGAGGUGGAGGAAUCGAAUUGUCGAUUCCAGGAGGAAUUCUUGGAGGAAUUGAAGAAUCAGGAAGAGGAGGAGUGGACCGUCGCCAGGAGGAGAUUGCCCAGGCUUCACGAUUGGCUCGACUCGUGGGAGAGCAGGAUACGCGUUCGGUCGAAGGAUUCGACCGAGGCGAACGAUAACUUGGAAAUGAAUACGUUCGUCGGGAAGAAGCUGCGCGAGGUGAGAGCCACCAUCGAGUGGCUGCAGCUUCUACGCGGCGACGAGAUCGCCGAGGAACAUUGGUCCGAGCUGAUGCCCAUUUUAGAUUUGAAGAACGCGAGGACCGUCAGGGACGUCACGUUGGGACAUUUGCUACACUCCGCGGAAAACAUUCGAGAGAACGUCGAGAAGAUAAAGGAAAUAACGAAGAGAGCCGCGGCGGAGAGCGGGAUCCGGCAAGGGUUGAUGGAGCUCGAGUCCUGGGAGACGUCGGCUCAUCUCCAACUUCAAGAAUCGAAAGACAGCAGAAACGCGAACAUCAUUCUCGUCGAGGAGUACGGGAGUUUAUUGGCUCGAGCAGGUGAAUUGAGGCUCCUCUUGGAAGGGGCGAAGAGUGCCGCAGGGUACGACAGGUUCGCGGAGAAGGUCGCUCGCUGCGAAGCCGGCUUGUCGGAAGUGGAAGAGCGAAUAAAGGUGCUGAGUACCGUGCAGAGGAAGUGGGUUUACUUGGAGCCGGUUUAUGAAGGUGGCGCAGCUCCGAACGACACGGGAAGAUGGUCCAGAGCCAACAAAGAAUUUAGAUAUCUUAUGGGCGAAGUGUCUCGCGAUCCAAGAGUGUCUUCUUUGCGAAGAUUACCGAUAUCGGCUUUCACGAAUUUAAAGGACUCUCUAGACCGAUGCCAAAAGAGCCUCGACGAGUAUUUAGAGGAGAAGCGAUCGUCUUAUCCGCGCCUGUACUUCCUGAGCGACGAGGACCUCUUGGAACUAGUCUCGGGCAGCGGGCGAGGCUUGGAAGCUCAUUUACCAAAGCUGUAUCAAGGCGUCGGCUCGACGAUAACGGACGAUAAUGGACUGACGGCCGUCGUAUCGGCGGAAGGCGAAAUAUUACGGCUGCCCCAGGCUGUCGAUCUCCGGGACUCGUUACCGCGAUGGCUUAGCAACCUGGAAGAGAGGAUGAAAAAUGCUCUCCGAGAUAGUUUGGAGAAAUGCUUGGCGGACACGUCGCCCGACCCCUCCACCUACCCGACUCAAGUUCUGCUGCUGGCAGAGAGGAUUCGUUUCACGGAGCGUUGCGAGACCGCAUUGAAAGACGGCCGCUCCGCUUUGAAGAAUCUGGUCGAAUACCUGGAGACGCAAAGAGCUAGGUACAGAGGCCUGGAGGAUGCCGGUGACAAAUUAACGGCUUUAAAAGCGCGGGGGCUUCUUCUCGAUACCGUUCAUCGUUUGGGCGUAGCGAGGAGCCUUUUGAACGCCACGCGAAACGAAGAGAGCACCGUUUGGACUUGGCAGAGACAAAUACGGAGUUACAGAACCAACAAAGGUCCAGUGGUGCGUUGUGCCGGCGCGGAGUUUCCGUACCGUUUCGAGUAUCAGGGCGCCGCGGUAGGCUUGGUCCAAACCUCAUUGACUGAGCGGUGUUUCUUGGCCCUGGCGCAGGCCAUGAAGCUCGGUUUGGGCGGCAGCCCGACGGGUCCAGCUGGAACUGGAAAGACCGAGAGCGUGAAAGCCCUUGGCGCUAUUCUCGGCAGGCCCGUGUUAGUUUUCAAUUGCGACGAAGGCAUGGACACCGGAAGCAUGCGACGGAUUUUAGGCGGGCUGGCUCAAGCCGGAGCUUGGGGUUGCUUUGACGAAUUCAACAGACUGGAAGAGGAGACUCUGAGCGCGGUGGCGAUGCUCGUCAGACCUCUUCAGGAGGCCGUCCGCGACGGAUCGUCCCACGUGCUGUUGGCCGAUCAGAAGGUGAACCUGGACCCGGACUGUUGCAUCUUCAUCACGAUGAACCCUGCCGGAUCGGAAUACGGAGGCCGUCGCAAGCUCCCAGACUCCUUAGCGCGGCUCUUCCGACCGAUCGCUAUGGCGCAUCCGGACAGAACCGACAUCGUGAAAGCGUUGUUAGAGUGUGCCGGAUUCUUGGACGCGUCGACGCUCGCCAGACAACUCAUCGAAACUCUUGACAUCGCGGAGAUAUUGUUGUCCAAUCAGCCACAUUACGACUGGGGCCUCAGGGCUCUCAGAUCCGUCCUCGAUGCUCUCCCUACGAAAACCGAUCUGGACGAGACUAGCAGACUGGUGGCAGCGAUCAGAGCAUCGACGUUGCCCAAGUUGACGCAGGAGGACACCCUGCGAUUUCUUUCCCUGUUGGGAGACGUUUUUCCAAAAGCGAGUCCGUCGUCGUGGACGUUCGUCGAGAGACAGGAUCUGCGGAAAGCUCUGCUGGAAAUUUGCGGCGAACAGGAGUUAGAGAGGGAAGUGGCGAACAGAUGCGUUCAAUUGAACGAUCAAUUGAGAAGUAGAACCGGAGUGGCGAUCGUCGGACCCCCGGGGUGCGGUAAAACGACGAUUAGGAAAUUGCUCAGCGAAGCGCUGAGUAGGAUCGGUGAAACUGUAGUUCAGUUCCACGCGUUUCCGGGAACUAUGCCCAAGUCGAGACUUCUGGGCAGCGUCGAUCCGCAGACCAGAGAAUGGAAGGAAGGGUUGCUGUCGAACGCCGUUGCGUCUGCUGGAGACUCAACCACUUGGAUCGUACUCGACAGCGACGUGGAACCGGAAUGGGCAGAGGCUUUAAACUCUGCUCUGGACGACAAUCGAUUGCUGACGUUGCCCAACGGCGUGAGCGUGAAGCUCGGCGCUGGCACGAGAUUCAUCUUUGAGGCUGAGAAGCUGGCCGGUGCGAGUCCUGCGACGGUGUCGCGACUGGGGGUGGUCCACCUCGGUUCGACGAGCCCUGGGAGCUUGCUGACAUCGUCGCGUUUGAAUUCACUUCCGGAAGCGGCGAAGGAGCUCGCGAAUUCUCAUCUCCGUCUGUGCAUCGAAGAAUGUUUGAAGAUCAACGUGGACGUGUCCUCCGCGUGGGGCCUGACGGACUCGGUGCUUUGCCAUUUGAAGAAUGCUCGGACCUACACUUCCGUUUCCUACGGAAUGUUGACGGGGUUGUGCGGCCAAGUGAGAGACGAGGGCGCCAGGAACGAAUUAGCGCGCUUCAUUUAUCAGUCCACGGACUGUUGGUGUCCGAAUACCCAGGAACCGUGUUCCGUGUUAUACAACGAAGAUACAGAUAGAUUGGAAGCCAUCGGAGACGUUGACGAAUCGACGGAUACCGAAGAUGGUCCUGUUUCGUUGUCAGGCGCGAUGAAACAGGCGUUGUCGUCGGUAUUGCCAUGGAUCGCGAACGAUCGACCGAUAUUGAUAAGAGGAGCGGAGGGUUGCGGAAAGACCGCCCUGAUAUCCGUCGUCCUCUCGUCCGUACGAAGCACCGAGCAAUCGACGUUGAUAAAAGGCUCGUCCCUCUACGGGUCGCAAGAUCUGGUGAUGAAACUGAAAAGAGCCUGCGUUCAACUAAACUCGUCUUCCCACGGAAGGACGUACAAACCUAGGAUCGGUUCCAGGAUCGUAUUAAUCUUGGAGGAUGUUCACCUCGCGUCCAAAAGUUUGCAGGAAUUGGUGCGAGAGCUGAUUCAGGAAGGAGGAUUCCACGAGGAGGACCUUGAAUUCGCGAGAGUUCCUCUGACCAUCGUGUGUACUGCUGAUGCGACGACGAAGCUGCAUCCGAGAUUAGAAGCGUUGUUAUCUACUCAUUAUCUACCAAAUCCGAGUACAAAGGACAUCACAGGCAUAUUGGAGCUGCAUCUAAGGAACUCUUUAAAAGGGGAUCGCGUAACGAUCGAAUCGUGGAUCGGGCGGAUGGUACCUGUUAUGUCGGAUGCUUAUCGAUCGAUCGCAUCCUCUCCCGGCUGGACACCGAAGGAUUUGGUACUGUGGGCGGACAGCCUGCAAUAUUAUCCUACCCCGGAGAACGAAUCGGAUAUCACGCGUCACCUGUUGGACGCUGGCCAACGAUUGUUUCAUCCAAGGUUGACGCCGAGAGAGCAGUCGCGUUGGGAGUCGAUGGUCCUCUCGAAAGGUGGUGAGUCAACAGGAUCGGGAAGCGAUGUGUACGUAUGGAAACAUGGGAACAACGGACUGUCGCCGUUGGACGAGGAACAGUGGCGGAAGGAGAUGAUUAACGCAGCGGCGAGAUGCGCCAGGGAAGGCGAUCCGGUGCAGGCGUCCAUCUCGUCUCACCUGUUGCGCGCGGUCGCCGGUUUAAGUUGGGCGCUUGGGACGAAACUGCGUGGCAUGAUUUUGAUCGGGCGACCUGGGGCUGGAAGAAAAUCCGCGGUGAGACUCGCCGCUAUGUUCUCCUCCCUGCGUUUAGUGGAUUCGGGACCCGGUCGCGGACGAGUAUCCGUGAAAACCGCGGUGCAAGCUGCCGGAAUCGAUGGCGAGCCGACGCUGCUGCUAUUGGAAGAACACCACGCGAGAGAGGUCGGGUUGCCGGUUUUGGCGAGCGCAAUCGUGUCGAGAGGCGAGCUUCCGGGAUUGUUUACAGUGGAGGAACUCGACGGGUUAAUAGCGCCGUUGGCUGACGUGGCGAGAAGGGAGGAUUUUUCGGGCACGUUGGAACAGUACCUCUAUCAUCGUCUUCGGAACUAUCUUCGCGUGGCGAUAAUUCUGGACAGCGGAGAACUGGACUCGUCCUGGCUGUCGCGCUCUAGGCUCCUGAGGCAGUGCGUACUGAUCGGUCCGGGCACGGGGAAUGAAUGGUGGACCCGGGCAGGUUCUCUGACCGAGGUGGCUUGCCAGCAGAGCGAGGUCGAACUCGACGACCCCGAGGUGCCACCGGCUGGCGUCAAGGAGGCCGUGAACGCUCAUCUCCGGGCACCGGCUAGGCAGCAGGCGCCUGCACGAUUCUUCGCGCUUCUGCACACCUGGAAACACUUGCGCACGACUUGGACCGAGGAAAUGGAGCAAAAGUUGGACAGUCUCGAGGCUGGCGUAGGAAAAUUGAAGGAAGCAGGCGAGCAAGUGGCCAAAUUGGAGGACGAAGUUUCCAAGCAGCGUCGGGAAUUGGAGGCGGAGCAAGGCCGGGCGAACGCGGCUCUCGAAAAGAUCACCGCGACGAUGCGAGGUGCCACGGGACAGAGGGGAGAAAUGGCCAACUUGAAGGCUGAAACCGAACGAGAGAGCGUGGAAUUGGCCCGCAGGAAGACCGACAUCGAGGGCGAAUUGGGAAAAGUGGAGCCGCUGGUGGAACAAGCGGCGCAAGCAGUAGCUGGCAUCAGCGCUGACGCGUUAGCGGAAGUUCGUUCUCUGAGGGCACCCCCGGCGCCUGUAAGGGACGUUCUCGAGGGCGUCCUUCGAUUAAUGGGCAUAAAAGACACCUCUUGGAAUAGCAUGAAGACUUUCCUGGCAAAGCGCGGUAUCAAGGACGAGAUUAGAACAUGGGACGCGAGGAGAAGCACGGGCGCGAGCUUGGAGGCGGUUGCCAAGUUGGUCAAGGAGCGACCGGAGAGUUUCGAGGAGAAAACCGCGAAACGAGCCUCGGUGGCCGCGGCCCCGUUGGCCGCCUGGGUUCUCGCGAACCUUCAAUACGGCCAGAUUCUUCAGCAAGUCGCACCUCUGGAACGAGAGCAACGCCAGCUAGCCGAGCGUCUAUCGGCCGCCGAAGCGCAAAUCGACAAACUCGCAGCUGGGUUAAGUACAGUGGAGAGCCGCGUGGCACAGCUUCAAGAGGAACUCGCGGAGCAUUCGAGAGGCGCGGCCGCGCUUCAGCUGCGCGCCGAGGCGACCGAGGCCAGGCUGGUAACCGCGAGGUCUUUGUUGCAGAAAUUAGACACCGAACAUCGCGACUGGCAGGCUCAACUCGAGGAGUUGACCGCCAGGAAAGAGAAGCUCGACGUCGAGGCCGCUACCGUUGCAUCCUUGCUGGUUUACGAAGAUCCCGGAAGGGACGACGAAUGGAAGAAAUCGGCCGUCGAGGUGCUGAUCACGGAAAGAGAGAGACUGCUUUGGCGAGCUCAAGGGUUGCCGGUGGAUACCGAAAGUUUGGUCGGAGGUGCGUGCGCCUUGAGAGGUCCCCUGGUCCCCGUGUUCGUGGAUCCGUCCGGCGUAGCGGUGUCUUGGCUGAGGAACAACGUCGGCUCGAGGAUGGAGGUGACCAAACCGGAAGACGGAAAGUUUCUGACCACGUUAGAGCUGGCGGUCAGAUUCGGCAAGCCGUUGUUGGUCGAAGAGCUCGUCGAGUUCCCAUCGAUCUUGCUGCCGCUGCUGCGAAGACGUCCCUUGAAACUCGGCGAGCGAACUUUGCCAGCGCCGCAGGGCUUCAAACUUUUCCUGGCGACCAGACGCGACAGAUUGGACGGCCUGCCGAAAGAAGUCGACUCGGUUUUGUUCAAGAUCGCUCUCGGCGACGGAACUACGAGCCUGGCGGAGAGAUUCGUGGAAAAGGUACUGUUGAAGGAGACGCCGGAGCUGGCGACGCAGCGAAAAGAGGGGCUGGAACGCGAAGAAAAAUUAUCUGGCGAACGAGACACCGCGAGAUUGGAUCUGCUGGCGCAGCUGGCCACGGCCAGGGGUCAGGACCUUCUCCGACAGGAGUCCGAGGGCUCCCGGGGAGGCCUUUUGUACUCGUUGGAAGCCACUCAAUCGAAGGCCAAAGAGAUAGCCCUAGCCCUCGAGGAGAGUCGGCGGACCGUCCAAGACGUCACCAGGAGAGCCAAAGAGCAUGAGAAAGUGGCCAAAUCCGCAGCGAACCUGCACAAGAUACUGAAAAGUCUGACCGCAUUGAAUCCGUUGUACGUGUUUUCCGCGGAGGCCUUCACCGACAUUUAUUUACAAGCGGAAGAUCACAGGAGAUCAGUGCUGUCGCAGGAUAAGAAGGAGCAGGACAGUCUGAUCGAGAAGCGAUUAGUAGGAUUGACCCUCGAAUACUGCUCGAGAGCCGUCUAUAGGAAGCAUCGAUUACCGCUGGCGUUGCAAUUAGCUCUCUCGUUGAGCUCGGUGCCGAAGGCCGAAAGGAACUUUCUAUUAGGAGAAGUUUCGCUGGACGACGACGAAGAUUCCGAGUACCGAGUACCCGAUUGGAUACCCGAGGAACGUCAGCUAUCGGUUCGAAGUCUAGCCGCGGCUUUCCCGCAAAUAGCCGGUAGGAUGAAACCAGCUUGGUUGAAUCAUGUUGGGAACAUAUACGCGGAGAACGGUCUGACCACGUUUCAGAAGGUUCUACUCGUCAAGACACUUCGUCCCGAUUAUUUGCACACUGCGCUUUCCAAAUUGGCUGCCGAAAUACUAGGCGUGAAGGAUUUGACGUUGGCGCCUUGGUCCCUGAGGAACGUGGCCGAAGAGGAAACGGCGUAUCCCGUGCUGCUACUUUUAUCACCGGGAGCCGAUCCCGGUUCGGAGCUGAGAGCGUUAGCGAAUAAUCAGGUUGCGUCCGCGACGGGAUUCGUCGAAGUGUCUCUUGGCCAGGGUCAAGUGGCUCAGGCAGAAGUCGCGCUCGAGAGUGCUUGCCGGAAUGGAAGUUGGAUACUCCUGAGCAAUCUGCAUCUGGCCCUGAAUUGGCUGCCCCGGCUUGAAAGCCUCCUACGAUCGCCGAUGUGCACGAGCAACAAAAACCCGGCCACGAGAAUCUGGUUAACCACCGAGGAAUGCCUGGGAUUUUAUCCCAGCCUGGCCGCUCUCUGCCUGAAGCUCGCCUACGAACCUCCCGAAGGAGUGAAGAGGAACGCGAGACGAUCUUUUCAACAGCUACAUCAGAAUCGACAAGACCUGAACGUGGCUGGCAGCCUGAUGUUGUCCUGGUUGCACGCCAUUCUUCAGGAGCGACGAAAGUUCGUGCCUCGAGGCUGGAUCAGAGCGUACGAGUGGAACGAGUCGGAUAUCGAGGCCGCGUACGAGCUGGUUGUGAAAGAGCUAGCGAAGAAGAGCAAGGACAAGAUUGGCAGCUGGCAGACUGGCAGGGGACUGUUGGACGUAGCCAUUUACGGCGGUCGCCUCCAGGACGAUUACGACGCACGAGCUCUUUACUCGAUCGUUCGCGACGUUUGGUCCUCCGAGGUGUUUGAAGGUCGGAAGAAAUUGGCAGGAGUGCUUAGGGUGACCGACGCUUCGUUCGAGGAUUCUGUUAAGGCUCUGGAGAAGAUUCCGGACACGGACUCUCCUAAGGAGUGCUUCGGGCUGCCGGCCAACGCGCACAGAGCUUGGGAGAGGACUGCCGCCGAGGCAGCCUUGGCUCAUCUCAAAGGAGUUUUAAUCAGGGUGUCGGAUAACGAGGAAAAAAAUAAGAAAACCGCGGAGUCGAAAGUUCAAAGAGACUUGAAGGACUUAAUCGAUCGUCACGGUUCCAUUUUUGCGUCCUCGCCGACCGUACCAGAAAAUAGAAGCAACGACGCCUUGCAAAAUUUCUUCAUCGACGAAAUGAAUUUAACCAAGCGAAUGCUGAACCGUAUUCGAGUCGACGCGGAAAUCUUACCAUUCGACGAUUCUAAGACUCCUAAGCAUUGGAUGGAAGAGUGGAAGCAUGGCCCGGAAGAAGUUCUACCUUUCGUCAAAGGGUUUCUGUCUAGACACCAAACUCUCGAGACAGUUUUGUCCAUUUCCUCUACGGUCGUCGACGUGUCCAGGCUGGCGAGACCACGAGCUUUUCUGACCGUCCUGAAACAGCACACGGCGCGAGAAGCGCGUCAGCCUUUGGAGAAUCUUCGACUUCACGUGAACUGGCUCGAAAAUCGCAGGAAUGAUUGGAAGACAUCGUUGAUCAUCGAGGGACUUUUGAUAUCGGGAGGCUCGAUAGAGCACGGCGCGUUGAAGGACUUGGACCCGGACGCAGCUUCCGUGGCAGCUGCGCCGAGUUGCCAGAUCGCAUUUUUAACAGACGAUCGAGCCGCGAUGGGUAAAACAAUGGGUGAUCACGAGACAAUGGAGAACGGUGAUUCGGAAGACGUGCUCGACGUUCCCGUUUACGCCAACUCGCAGAGGGACGUGUUCAUUUGCACGCUUCCGGUCGGAUGUCCCAGGGAGGAACGCGACGACUGGCUCCGUCGAGGUGUCGCCUUUCAUUUGAAACUGAUUUAGACCCCGAAUCUUACUUCGCAUCAGUUCUAUUCGAGGCUGCGGGGCCACCGCUUUACUCAUUCAAAUGAUAAUUCAGGUUAAAGUAGAAUUUGUGCAAUUCGUGUAUUAUCGGUAGACUGCGAAUUUCAUAGAGGAAAAUUGAAUCUGUAGAAAAUCGAUAUAAAUGAUGAAAUGUAUGUUAGAGUUUCGACGUUGUAAGUGUUUCACUUUAGGUAAAAAUCUGCAGUCGAAUUAUUACCAGUAUUAAUGUACGUAGGUGAAAUAAUAUAUGAAAUGUAUUAAUUUGACAAA